UUUCAACAGCUAGCUAGAGAGCGGUGAACUGGUAGUGGUAGCGGUCAUUGUGUCGUGAUCAGUCUGUCUUUUUCUUGCAAUUUGGUUGUAUAUUCCAAGUUACUUUCCCAAGAUGCAGCGAACAUACGUACAGAAGAGAGAUGGGAGGAAGGAGAUUGUCAUGUUUGACAAGAUCACAUCUCGUAUUCAGAGGUUAUGUUACAAUCUGAAUUCAGACUUUAUCGACCCGGCUGUUAUCACCAUGAAAGUGAUCAGCGGGGUCUACCCAGGUGUGACGACCGUAGAGCUUGAUACCCUCGCGGCAGAGACCGCUGCUACCAUGACGACCAAGCAUCCUGACUACGCCGUUCUUGCUGCCCGUAUCGCCGUCUCUAACCUCCAUAAAGAGACAAAGAAACUCUUCAGUGCUGUGAUGAAGGAUCUCUUUGAGUACACAAACCCAAGGAACGGCCUACAUUCCCCUCUUAUUAGCGAAGAAACCAUGACAAUCAUCAAUGACAAUGCUGAUAGGCUGAACUCUGCAGUACUCUACGACAGGGACUUUGAAUACAACUACUUUGGAUUCAAGACACUAGAACGAUCCUACCUCCUGAAGAUUAAUGGAAAAGUCGCCGAGAGACCCCAGCACAUGUUGAUGAGGGUUUCUGUGGGUAUCCAUGGAAAGGAUAUUGAUGCAGCAAUACAGACUUACAAUCUCCUCUCAGAUAGGUGGUUCACGCACGCUUCACCGACUCUCUUCAACGCUGGUACCAACAGACCACAGCUAUCAAGUUGCUUCCUCCUGACGAUGAAAGAUGACAGCAUUGACGGUAUCUAUGAGACACUAAAGAAUUGCGCCCUCAUCUCCAAGACGGCUGGCGGUAUCGGUCUCAACAUACACAACAUCAGGGCAUCGGGUAGCUACAUUGCAGGGACCAACGGUAACUCCAAUGGUUUACUCCCCAUGUUGCGUGUAUACAACAAUACAGCUAGAUAUGUAGACCAAGGAGGAAACAAGCGUCCUGGUGCUUUCGCAAUCUACCUGGAGCCGUGGCAUGCAGACAUCUUUGACUUCCUAGACUGUAAGAAGAACCAUGGUAAGGAGGAGCAGAGGGCUCGGGACCUGUUCUACGGUCUCUGGAUCCCAGAUCUAUUCAUGAAAAGGGUGGAAGCUGACGGAGACUGGACCCUUAUGUGCCCUCAUGAAAGCCCAGGGCUACAUGAAGUAUGGGGAGAGGAGUUUGAAACUCUUUAUGAGGGUUAUGAGAAAGCAGGUCGUGGAAGGAAGACAAUCAAGGCUCAGGCUCUGUGGUAUGCCAUCAUCGAAUCCCAGACAGAGACUGGUACCCCUUACAUGGUCUACAAGGACCAUUGUAACAAGAAGAGUAACCAACAAAACUUGGGCACCAUCAAGUGCAGUAAUCUGUGUACAGAGAUCGUAGAGUACUCCAGUGCUGAUGAGGUAGCUGUAUGUAAUCUUGCCUCCAUCGCUCUGCCGCGGUUUGUACAAGACCGUACAUUUGACUUCAAGAAGCUUGAAGAGGUUACCAUGGUAAUCACUGAAAAUCUCAACAAGAUUAUUGACAUCAACUACUACCCAGUCCCAGAGGCAAAGCGUAGCAACUUCCGCCAUCGUCCCAUCGGUAUUGGUGUGCAGGGUCUAGCUGAUGCAUUCAUCCUCAUGAGAUUCCCCUUUGAGAGCGUCGAGGCUAAGAAACUCAACAUCCAGAUCUUUGAGACUAUCUACUAUGCUGCUCUCAAGGCUAGCUGCAAGAUUGCUGCUAAGCUUGGUCCUUAUGAGACAUACAAGGGCUCACCAGUCAGCAAAGGAAUCCUUCAGCAAGACAUGUGGGGUGUGACCCCUACCGACCUCCACGACUGGGCAUCCCUCAAGGCUGACAUCGCCAAGCACGGCGUCCGAAACAGUCUCCUCCUUGCUCCCAUGCCGACCGCAUCCACCGCUCAGAUCCUGGGUAACAAUGAGGCCAUCGAGCCUUACACGAGUAACAUCUACACGCGCCGUGUGCUGUCAGGAGAGUUCCAGGUGGUCAAUCAUCAUCUCCUAAGAGACCUGACUGAUAUGGGUCUGUGGUCUGAUGAAAUGAAGAACAAUCUUAUUGCUAACAAUGGCUCCAUCCAGAACAUUCCAACAAUCCCUGAUGACAUCAAGGCACUCUAUAAGACCGUUUGGGAGAUCUCACAGAAGACCAUCAUUCAGAUGGCUGUAGACCGUGGUGCAUACAUUGAUCAGAGUCAAUCACUUAACAUUCACAUUGCUGAACCAAACUAUGGCAAGCUCACCAGUAUGCACUUCUUCGCCUGGAAAUCUGGCUUGAAGACUGGCAUGUACUACCUGCGCACACGUCCAGCUGCCGAUCCUAUCAAGUUCACUCUGGAUAAGCUGAGCUUGAAGGAAAAGUCUGGAGCCAAGCUGACGGAGGCUGAGGAGAAGGAGAGGGCUAAGAACGAGGCAGCCAUGAUGUGCUCUCUGGAAAACAAGGAUGCCUGCGUUUCAUGCGGAUCUUAGAUCAGUGCAUUUACCUUGUGUAGUAGGUAUUUGACCUUCGACAUGAAAUUUUCCUAAACUUGCAUAUUAAAGGUCAUUGACCCGUUGUACAUGUUGUAGGCUUUUGACCUUUGAUGUGGAAUAUUCAUAACAUUGCACUUUUAAAUGUCAUCAACUUACUGCUCUAUGUCAUUGACCUUUGAUGUGAAGAAAGUUCACAUUUUGUGUUGAAGGUCAUCUGCUGUGUUAAGUUUAACCUUUGACAUGAAAUAUUGCAAAUCUUGUAUGUAAGAUCUGAGAGCCUUGAAAUAUGGACCAUGAAAUCAUGCAUCUGGUAAGGAAGGUCAAAGAUCAUUGGUUCUGCUCUUUAGUUGACCUUGAUGUGAAAGAAUGUGUAAUGCGACGUAAGUUUUCAUAACUUUGUAUGCAAUUUCAUGGCCCUUUUGUAAAAAGCUAAAAAUAUAUUUUCGGAAGGUCUCCGAUCUUACAUAUAAGAAAGAUUCCAAACAUUCUGACUAAGAAUCUGGAACAAAUAAAUUGUGAACAUGCAAUGAUUUUUGAUGUGAAACGAGAGUACGAUAUUCAAUGUGUUAUGAAAUCACAUUAUGAUUUCAUAACCUGUUGAUAUGAUGUGUUAACUAGAUAUGGAUUAACUAACAAGCCAUGCAGCUUUAUUUAUUACUGAUUAUGUGUGCCUCAAGUUAGUUUGCUUAGUCUUUAAAAGUGACAGAUUAAAUAAAUUUCUCCCUAAGACAUACUUUAGUGAAACCUUGCACAAAUACUUGUUACUUUUGUGAAACACUUUUAGUCGGAAUGUAGGAUAAAAUGUGUAAAUAUAUGUAAAUUUUUUUGUUAUGUAUACUUUUAUAUGAUAUUUAGAAACCUCAUUAAUUUAAAAGCAGGGCUAUAGCUGGAUAAGCAUAUGAGUGAUCAUAUGGAUAUAUUUUUGAUUUCUCUAGAUUUUUAGGAAUUGUAAUAUCAACAUGUGAGAUAUUCUCAAAGUGUAUUUCACCUUGUCGACCUCCAACCUAAUGAUUCCUCAUGUAUCCAAUAUGUAUAGACUGUUCCCCAAUUGUGUGUAUGUCCUUUGUGUUUUUGUUUAUUGAAGAAAAAAAAAUCAAAUGAAAUUCUACAAAAAAUUAUGAGAAAAAAAAAAUCAGAAGAGCAUUAUUUAUGAAGAGAGUAAAACUCAAUUACAACAUUACCGUAUAUGCACUUGUUCCAAUUUUUUAGAUGGCUAAAAAUUGGAACACAGUGUUAUGACCCUGCUAUGACGAUAACCUUGCAAAAUACACUCAAAUCUGACAAUUGAAUUUGUUCUUCCAAUAGCUUAAAUGAUGAACAAUGAAUGUGGAAAUUUAUUUUCAAUUACAAUUUUUUACAUUUACGUGUAAAUUUAUUUACAAUAGCCAUGUACAGUAAUGUGUACAUAAUAAAAGCUGACUGCCUCUUCA